AUGAAGUCAUAUGUUAUAUUAGAUGAUCAGAGUAACAAAUCUUUAGCUAAAGGAGAGCUUUUAGAUUUCUUUGAUGUUCGCUCUGUGGCAGAGGAAUACAUCAUAACUAGUUGCUCUGGCCGUUCAGUUAUGACAGGAAGGAAAGCUGGUGGACUAUGCAUACAAGCUGUUGAUGGUAGUCUACAGAUGAGCCUUCCUACAGUCAUCGAAUGUGAUGAACUUCCUAAUAAUAGGACUGAGAUUCCAACUCCCAACAUUGCUCGACUUCAUCCACACCUCAAAGACAUUGGUUCAGAAAUUUCACCUCUUGAUGAUCAGGCUCAGAUUCAAUUAUUGAUUGGUAGAGAUCUACCCGAAGCUCACCAUGUACUAGAUCAAGUAACAGGUCCACCAGGUACACCCUUUGCCCAGAAGAUGAAGUUAGGCUGGGUAAUUGUAGGUGAAGUCUGCCUGGGGAAGCAUCACGCAACAAAGAAUGUGAAUGUAAGGAAAAUAUAUGUAAAUCCUGAUGGUCGUCCAUCAGUCUUGAAGCCUUGUCCAAGUUGUAUAUGUGUACAAGAAGACACAGGAUAUCACAGCGGUUUUACACCAUGGAAGGAAAAUGAUAUUGGUUCUACAGUGUUUCACCGAACCAAAAAUGAUGACGAACCUGGAAAAUCCACAGAAGACAAAAUGUUCUUGAAGUUAAUGGAGAAAGAAUUUGUCAAAGAACCAGCAGCUUUUGAAAGAGGUCAUGCUGAAAUAGCACCACCUUUGAAAGAAAAUGAAGAAUGUUGGUAUCUUCCAGUGUUUGGAGUGUAUCAUCCAAAGAAACCUAGUCGUAUCAGGUGUGUUUUUGACUCUGCUGCUAAGUUUAGAGGUACAUCAUUGAAUGAUGUGUUGAUGACAGGUCCAGACCUAAAUAAUUCUCUACAUGUUUUUGGAAAUAGUCCAUCACCCGCAGUAGCAAUAUAUGGACUACAGAAGACUGCUGAAGCUGCAGGAAGUACAUAUGGUGAAGACGUCACAAAAUUUGUCCAGCGACAUUUUUAUCAAGAAGUCAUGUCAGCCUUGCCAGGUGACGACAUCUCUCAAGAUUUGAAGGACAUGGACUUUGAUGCUGAACAUCUUCCGUUGCAGAGAAGUUUAGGAUUAUAUUGGGAUCUUCAAGCAGAUAUCUUUACUUAUAGGAUUGCAGAAGAUAAACCCUUCACUCGUAGAGGUGUGCUGUCAACAGUCAACAGCAUUUAUGAUCCUCUAGGAUUUGCAGCCCGCUUACAGUUCUAG